CUGGGAUCGUGGGAUGUGAUGAAAAAAAAAAGUCAAGGUGGCGUGGUUGUGCUUCCUUACUCCGUACAUGUACAGGGGAAUUGAGAUCUAUGCCUCAGUGCCGUAAGAGCACAGGUCGAGGGCAGUUCAAUGAGCUCCGGUGGCGACGUAAUUGAUGGCGGGGCCCGACAGCUGGCUGGGCCGUUCUAGCGGUGCUUUAGCGGGCGCUCCACUGAACCUGACAGGCUGCAGCAGCCCCGCAUCGCUAAAACGGCGAUGCAGAUGCUCACAUCAGUGGAACUGCCACUGUACCUAGGUAUUAUUCUCAAUAGGUGGAUGUACAUACGUGGACCGUGGAGGCGAUGGAGGCGAUCACGAUAAAUGGGCAGAUCCAGUAUUGGAGGCGAAUGCCUACAUGUAUCUUGCAUUUCCCAUCGGUCUCUGGAAAGCCAGACGUCUUGCAUAUUCUGAGUCUCGCCCUGGCAUCCCACCGAUGGAACUGUUUAGGCUAGGUACGCAAGUGCAAAGAACAUCGCCGUCCAUGGCGUGAUAUCGGUCCAUGUUGCCAGCAUGGCCCUACCGUAUCCGAGACUCCCCGCGGCUGCCCUGCCUGGGGCUUGUCGGACGACAUCUGCUCUCUCUCAACGCUGUGCAUCAUCGCGAUUCCCUUCUGAUUCGCCAUGGACCUCCGGCAAGCAUGUGAUCGAUGCCACGACAAGAAGCUCAGGUGUCCCAGGAUUUCGGGCUCGCCCUGCUGCAGCCGCUGCGCAAAGGCCAAUGUCGCCUGCGUCUUUAGUCCGCCAUCGAGGCCAUUUCGCCCUCACGAGCCCUUGAACCACAGCCAUGAACACAGUCAUAGUCACAGUCACAAUCAUAACGGGGUAGGCGUCAGCUUUGACUGGCUCGAUCUCAUGAGCUUGGAGCAGCAGCAGGAGCAGCAACAAGGCCAGCCUCAACAUCCUCCACCACCAGUCCAAACCCUCUCCGAACGGCUGGCAGCUCUUCUGUGUGCCCUGGACCGCAUGCUCCAAGCCGUACCCUCAUCCCUCGACAUGCAUCACGUCUCAAGGCAGCAGCUGAGAGAGUACGCCGACACCGUGGGAACCGGCUUCGACCUGCAGUCCACCCUCGACAGCCUCCUCCACCACGCCCAGGAUCUCGCCUCCCUCUAUUCCGAGGCCGUACCCGCCUCGUUCAACAAGCGCACAACCGCUGCCGAGGCCGACGCCCUCUGUGCCGUUCCGGACUGCGUACACCAGGACCGCACCUCGUUGCACACGACGCCGUUGCCCAAGCUGGACCACGCCCUGUUGAACCUCGUCAUGGCGUGCCACAUCCGUCUGCUCGAUGUCAUGGACACUCUCGCAGAGCACGGGCGGAUGUGCGCCUUCAUGGUGGCCACUCUGCCGCCGGACUACGACCCCAAGUUUGCGGUUCCUGAGAUACGGGUGGGCACUUUUGUCGCCCCUACCGAUACGGCUGCCUCAAUGCUGCUCUCUGUUGUCGUGGAGCUUCAAACGGUGCUGGUGGCGAGGGUCAAGGACUUGGUGGCCAUGGUUGACCAGGUGAAGGAUGAUGCAAGAGCGGCGAGAGAAGCAAAGGUCGUUCGUCUGCAGUGUGGGAUUUUACUGGAACGAGCCGAGUCGACGCUUGGAGAGUGGUCCAGGUUCAAGGACGGGCUGGUCAGUGCCAGACUGCUGAAGUGAGUCUCUCAUAUGGACGGCAACGGUGAGGGAUUGGCAGUUCCCUACAGUGAACAGUGAAUGCCGGGACAUGUUCUGCACGACUAGAACUCGGAUAUGAUGUCUGAUCACAGCCGGAAACGAGGGGCGACAGCUCUAACGCAGUACGGGGCUGAUGCUCAAGGAGCAGCCGCAGCCUGCAUGUACUUCGCACGUUACCUUACCUACAUGCAGUGAUUGGCCGGGCUCUUCGAUCGUCUCUGGGGCAGCAUCCUCUUCUCUAACCCUCUUGCGAAGCACUUACAGCUCAUGCUUGAGAUGUGGAUAUCGGAAUCUGAACAGAACUUGUGCCGUCAUGGGCUCGCGAACCCAGCCCACCUGCAUGUCUUGAAGUCAUCAAAAACAGACGAGCUCGACACGCGUCCACCCUCCCUAUGC